AUGGUGCCUCCACCAAGAGCAGGAUCGUUUUCACCAAAUCCUGCUCAGACCCUUCAGACAGUGAGCCAUUCACCGCACCCGUCGCACGCCGGUGUCCUCAGUGCUGGUGCCAGUCCCAGCACGAGUAGUCCGACUGGGGGCAACUCCUUGACCAAAAUUGUUGUCGCCCAAGUCUACCUCCUCCUGAGCACGAUCAAGGAGGACAAGGAUCGCGCGAGGUGGGAAUUGCAGGUUGAUCAACUCCGAAAGCUCAUCGAUGAUCACGGUAUGGAAGUGUUCUCCAAAUAUUUCACCCGGUUGGUCGCCGGCAAUGCCCCACAGAUCUUUCCCGGCCUCAACCGGCCCGUUGCGAAUCCUGGCAACUACCACAUCCUAGUGGGGGAGAUGCGAAAAAUUUCCCAUGAUGUGGAAGAGGCGAGCAAGAUUGCCGAGUCCAUCGAGAGUGGUACGGAAGACAUCUUCCGCGACUUCGACCUAUCGACCUUCAUGGAGCAUUUCAAGCUCGAUGCGUUGGAGAAGACCCUCCUGGCUCUGGCAUUCAAGACUGGCUCUCGUCCGGACUUGAAAACCAAGGCCGACGCGAUUCUCUCGACAAACUUUGCAACCUUCAUGGACAUUAUUUCCCGGCCCGAUCUCGAAGCCCAUGCCGACCUUUCCCCUGCCUUUGUUGCCUUGAUUGUUGAACGGUUCUUGCAGUACCACCCGCCGAGCUUCAACGCAUCGUCAAGGCGAGAUCUGCACACUUACGUCACCAAACGAUACACCGCAAUGGAUCAGGCGCCGCCCUCGGAAGUGCUCGCCGCCCUCGACAUUGGGAGGGUAUUAGCCGACAGGCCGGUGAACGCGUUAGCCCGAUAUAUUCAAAAGACGGGAACCGAUUUCACUCGGGAUGUAGACACCUGCCAGUCGUAUCUGCAGAAUCGCCCGAGCAGCAUGGCUGUCGGCCCCGACAAUGUCUCGUCAGCCCUCACAUUCACGACCAUCUCACAGACACCCCACCAUGAGCCGGCCGUGCUUGUGGCUGCCUUGCAACGCGUACUACCAAAGUCGUUUGAUUGGACGGAGGUGGUACUAUUCUUCGACCAGCCUACCGCUAGAAUCUCUUCCUCUCAGUUCCUCCGGCUCUACAAAGCGUUGCUGCCGAUUGCCCAGGAUUCGAAAUACAAUUUUGACAUUCAGAGGCUCUGGGGCGGCGCAUGGACCGAGCCAGAGGCCCAGCUAUCCUUUGUCAGCGCCUACGCAUCAUUGACACCGGAUCAGCUGGAUGCGACGACGAUUCCAGGCUUGCAAGCAAGCAUCGACAUCAAAGUUUAUGCCAAUUCUUCCUCGAACGUCCAGGAGCGAGCUGCAAUUGCCGUCAAGCACCCACUGGUGUCCGUCGCCGCACUGUCUGCCAUUUUCAACGUCGCCCUGAAUUCUGUUCAUGCUUCGCAGAGCGUCGAGGCCAAGCGGCUGUUCCAGGAGGUUGUGGUUCCGAAUUUGGACAUCUUCUUGGUAUCUGCAUUCGAUGUUCCGCGGCAAUCUUGGGCAACCAUGGCGGUCGACACGUUGAACUCGCUCUUCGAAAACUUCCUGUACAAGCGAUCGCCAGAAUACGACUUCGUCCUCGACAGCUUGUGGAAGAAGGACAGGGACUGGGUCAUCCAGCGUCUGAUUGAUGCCCAUGCCGUAAAGCCCGUCGAUCUACCGCUGAUCUUCGAUCACGCCAUCAAGCACGGCUGGCUCGAUGAUCUGGUAUACCUCCCCAAUGGGUUUGGCAUCGACCUGGCUGCAUUUGCCCAUGCCGAGAGACACCUUGACCUCGGCAACUGGGCGCGGUUCAAUGCGGACAGGAGCGUCGAGAUGUCUCGUACUCUUCUCCAGUUCCUGAUGAUCAAAGCAAACCUCGAAAUCCAGUUCCAACGUCCUCCGGAAGGACAACCGCUCAUCAAGACCAGCACCAGCCUGCAAGUCAGAACCGUCUCCGCCUUGCUGCAGAUACUGGAAGACUUUCUGCCCAAGGCCCCGGUCCAGGACCUCAUCCUCGUCCAGCGCCACUGCAUUACGGCGUACCCUCGCCUGAUCAACUACGGCGAGGGCUACGACGAUAUUAUCGAUGCCAACGGCAGAGAAGGCAAUGCCUUGCCAACAGCCGCCAACAGUAAAAUGGAAGAGCACUACAAGCAGAUGUAUGGAGAUGAGAUCCAGGUUCGCACCAUCGUCGAAAUUUUGGACCGGUACAAACACUCCCGGGAAUCGCUGGACCAGGAUGCCUUCGCCUGCAUGAUCCAUGGGCUGUUUGACGAGUACAAUCACUAUGUCGACUAUCCGCUGGAGGCUCUCGCAACCACGGCUGUUCUUUUUGGCGGUAUAAUAUCCCACAAACUGAUAUCAGACCUGCCGUUGAAAAUCGGCCUCGGCAUGAUAUUGGAGGCGGUGCGGGAUCACAUGCCUGAUGACCCAAUGUACAAGUUUGGUCUUCAGGCCCUGAUGCAACUGCUCGUUCGUUUCCGGGAAUGGCCUGGCUUCUGCAAACAGCUACUGCAGAUCCCUGGCCUGCAAGGCACUGAGGCAUUCAAGAAAGCAGAAGAAAUCGUUCGGGAUCACGAGGAGGACGUCGUACGCUCGCGGAACGGGGCGGGCACCCCGCACGGCCUUAGCUUUGCUGGCGACACUUUCACAAACGGCAACGCGGACGAAGGGGCCGCAACGGAGCGACAGGCACCUCCUUUCAAGUCGAUCGGGAUCGACCCAAUUCCCGCCGGAAUCGAGUUCGAAGAACCCGGCGAGGAGGAGCGGGACAAGAUCCAGUUUGUGCUCAACAACAUCACGGAAGGAACGCUGCAGUCGAUGCGCAACGAGCUGCGCGACAUGCUGGUACGCAACCAUCACCAGUGGUUCGCUAGCCACCUGGUCGAGGAGCGUGCCAAGAUGCAACCCAACUACCACCACGUCUACUUGGAGCUUGUGCGCAUGUUCGAAGACCAGCUUCUCUGGAGCGAGGUUCUCCGCGAAACGUACAUCAGCGUAGCGCGGAUGCUCAACUCGGAGGUGACGAUGAAGAACUCGACCGACAGAGCCCACCUUAAGAACCUCGGAGGCUGGCUUGGCCUCUUAACGCUUGCGCGCGAUCGGCCCAUCAAGCACAAGAAUAUUGCUUUCAAGAAGCUGCUCAUGGAGGCCCACGACACCAAGCGGCUCAUCGUCGUCAUUCCCUUUGUCUGCAAAGUCCUGCUCCAGGGCGCCUCGUCGUCCGUCUUCAGACCGCCCAACCCGUGGCUCAUGGACAUCAUCCAUCUCCUCAUCGAACUGUAUCACCACGCUGAGCUGAAACUGAAUCUCAAGUUCGAGAUCGAGGUUCUUUGCAAAGGGCUGAACCUAGAUCAUAAGAGCAUCGAGCCCUCGGGCGAAAUCCUCAACCGUCCGGCCGCGGAGGAGGCGGCGGAGGUGCUCCCGCAAGACCCAAUGGAUGCGUUCGAAAGCCUGCCCCUGAAUGGCAUCGGCUCUGUCCUCGGAGUAUCGCCCCAAGCUGUUGCGCCGACCAUCCCCGACGUCAGCGCGAUGAUCAACAUACCGCCUACGAAUGAGAUGGUCGUCAGCACCACGCGCCUUCACGAAAUUGUGCGAAGCGCCCUCACCCGGGCGCUUCAGGACAUCAUUCAGCCGGUGGUGGACAGGUCGGUGACCAUUGCCGCCAUCUCGACUGUGCAGAUGAUCCGCAAAGAUUUUGUUUCGGAGCCCGACGAGAACCGCAUGCGAACGUCGGCCAUGAACAUGGUGAAGGCCACGGCCGGGAGCUUGGCCCUGGUUACUUCCAAGGAGCCCCUUCGGGCAAACAUGACAAAUUACAUGCGGAAUCUCGCCAACGAUUUACCCUCGGGGCUUCCCGAAGGCACGAUAAUCAUGUGCGUCAACUCCAAUCUCGACCUCGCUUGCAGCAUCAUCGAGAAGCAGGCGGAGGAGAGGGCUAUGCCCGAAAUCGAGGAGCUUUUGGAAGAGGACAUUGCUCUUCGAAGGCGACAUCGCAUCCAGCAACCCAACGAGCCCUUCUACGCCAGCGCCGUGAACCGCUGGGCCAUGACCAUCCCCAACCCUUACAAGCUAUCACCGAACGCCAACGGCCUCAACCCCGAGCAGAUGGCCAUCUACGAGGACUUUGCGAGACAGCCUCGGAGCAUGGCCGCGGCGGUGGCCUCGCACGCGCCGUCCACGUCUGACGCGACUCGGUCGCUCGCGAACGAGGUCCUUCAAGAGCCGUACAAUACCGUCCCGAACCUCCCGACGCCAGCCGACACACCUUCGAUUCAGCACAUGGGAUCCCAGAUGCCGUACGCGCCAGUCCACGGCGCCGCAGCAAGCUCGCUCGUCAGCCGAGCCGCCCCGACGGCGAAUACCUUCCAGAUGGAUGUCCACAGUCUUGCCGAGCGCGUCAACAAGCUUCUCCAGGAGCUGUUGCGCGUUGCCGGCGAGGCUCGGGAGGAUCACUUUGUUGGCCUUCCGCGGCCGCACCCCGUGCUGGACGUGGUGGAUGCUCUGGUCCAGCUCAUCAUCAAGACGUCGCAGAACUCGGAGGACUUUGCCAUCUUCGCCGCCGAGCAGAUCAGCACGCUCAUCUUCCAGCAAGUCGAGGACAACCUGGCGUUGGAAAGCCUCGUUCACGUGCUGGAAACUCUGCGAAAGAUCUCCGGACAGGGGUUGAACAAUCGAGUGCGAGCCCUCUUCAGCAAGCAGCCGGCUGCGAACUAUCUGAGCCUGCCGCUUCUGGCCGCCCUAAUCCGAACAGACCUGCUCGACUGGAGAGCCAUCGAUUUGGCCAUGUCCAAGGCGCUCGAGAACCGGAAGGAAGGCUCGCUCGAAUUCCUCGAGCACAUGCUCGACCUUGCUCUGCUCAACAACCGGCCGCUGACCAUGUACGCGGACUUUGUCCGAACCCUGGAUCAAUCCUGGGAGUGGAUUUCGAGCGACCCGACCAACGCAACCGGGCAGAGGUUGAAGGAAAAGCUGCUGGGUGCCGGCAUGCCCCAGCCAUCGUGGAACAACGACGGCGGCAACAAGGCAGCCUUCCGACAGGAGCAGCUGGAGUAUGCGUUCGAGGAGUGGGUGCAUUUGUGCAACAACCCGUACGCCUCGAAGACGACGACGGCGGUGUUCAUGCAGCAGCUUGAAGCUCGCAACCUCGUUCGCGGACGCGACGACUUUUUCCUAUUCCUGCGAACGGCGCUCGACUUGGCGGUGGACCGGUUCGAUCACAGCGUGCACUCGGGCGCCAUCGGCGACGUCUUCGUCACGGUGGACGCCGUGUUCAAGUUGAUCCGGACGUACGUGACGACGAGAAACGACGGUGCGACGUCGCCGACGUGCUUGCUCGAUUCGAUCGUGAUCCUGAUCAAGCUGGUUCUCACCCACCACCACGUCAAGAGAGGGGAGCAUUUCAACCAGAGGGCAUUCUACCGUCUCUUCUCCUUCCUCCUGCACGACAUGCGCAGCUUCUCGGACGACGUGGCGGAGGACGAGCGACAGAUGGUCCUGAACUUUGCCACGCGGUUCGAGGGACUCGGCCCUCUUCACUUCCCCGGCUUCCUCUUCGGAUGGCUGUCGCUGCUCCAGCACCGAGCGUUCAUGCCGGCGCUGCUGCAGCUGCCGGACAACGCAGGGUGGGAACCGUACGCCAACUUGAUGGUGCAGCUGCUCGACUGCCUAGGCGAGCAGGUGAAGUCGUUCACCUCGCAGCCCGUGGCGAAGGAGCUGUACCGCGCGACGCUGAAGCUCCUCGUCGUUCUCCAGCACGACUUUCCGGACUUCCUCGCGGCGAACCACGUCAGGCUGUGCGCGAGCGUGCCGGCGCACUGCACGCAGCUGCUCAACGUCAUCCUGUCGGCGACGCCGCAGCAGCAGAACUUCGGCAAGCUGCCGGACCCGAUGCAGCCUGGCCUCAAGGUGGAUCGGGUCGAGGGGACCAAGACGCACCCCCGACUCGUCGAGGAGGCGACGGCGACGUUGCGCGACUGCGGGCUCCUCGCGCUCCUCGACCAGGUCCUGCAGGACGGGCCGGCCGAAGACAACGUGGCGCAGAUUGCGCAUACCAUGACGCACAGCAAGGCCAGCGAGACGACGUACGGCCACGUGCCGGUGGCGGCCAACGGGCGGGUCAUCGCCGCCGUGGUGACGUACAUUGGCCGGCACGCCUCGGAACGCAUGGCGCAGGCGGCGAGCGCGGCGACGGUGACGGGCAGCGAAAGCGACGUCUCGACGCUCUCGCUGCUCCUGCACGAGCUCCCGCCCGAGGCCAGGUACUGCCUGGUGUGGUGCAUGGUCAACCAGCUGCGGUUCCCGAACGGCUACUCGGAGUUUUUCAGCCAAGUGAUCCUCUACGUGUUCGGGAAAGACCUCAACGACGCCGAGGAGUCGGAAAUCCGGCAGGAGAUUACGCGCGUUCUGCUCGAGCGGCUGGUUGGGUACUGGCCUCAGCCGUGGGGCCUCAUGCUCACGGCUCUCGAACUCGUCAAGAACGAGAAGUACAUGUUCUUCGAACUUCCGUUCAUCAAGUCGACGCCAGAGGUGGCGGAGAGAUUUGCUGCGAUUCUCCAACGCGUGUAA